AUGCACUUCGGCGGAGGGUCUGGUGGAGGUCUCGGCAGGGCGAAUAGCGGAGGGAGCCAAGGAGCUCCCUCUGUCGUCGGUUCGCUUGACGAAUCUCUUGAUAUCGGCGAAGGCAACGAUGCAUUCACUGGCAACCGAUGGGACUCGGUCCCGUCGGCCCAAGCCGGCCGCCCUCUCAUCGGCGCUCCGCACCAAGUUCCGCCCCAAAGUCUACAGCAAUCACGGCCACCGUCGGGAUACCCACCCCAACAAGCCGUCCCGCCGUACAUGCCGGUCGGACAAGGGCCGGUCGAUCGUCUCGUACCCUCGGAUGCCGCCGCCAUGACGGACAAGCGCGAAGAAAUCCGCAAGGUUUUCUGGCCCGAAAUCAAGUCUUGGAUGACCUCCGACACGGCCCUCGAGCAGUUUGCUGCUCCCUGCCCCAAAUGCUCAACAUCAAUGACCACCACGCCCGGCCAGAACUCGAACCGCGCCAUGGUUCUUGUUUGCGGUCACAUCCUUCUUUACAACCUCGGUCAACCAAAGUGCCCCUACUGCCCGGGCCUCAUCGGCCCUUACUCGCAGUGCGCUCAAAGCUGUGUGGAUGUGGGCAUGAUGGGCCUGCCUAUGCCCAGGAGCAUGUCAGAAUUGGACAAGUUCCCGCUCACCACCCCCGAGGGUGCCUCCCGUCCUUCGUGUUGCUUCACGUGCCGCGCUCUCCGCGUCGAGAGAGCGACCAACUCGCUGAUGAGAGCCAUACUCAGCGAGACCAGGUCCCGUGCGGUUUGGGCUCCCAGAUACGACCACAAAGCUGAUGGGAAAGAUUACAGUGACUACAAGCGGGUACCAGCGCUUGACAACAUUAUGAGGCAGAUUCGAGACAUUGCGCAUAGCGAUUAUAUCUAUCAAAAGUAUACUUGGCUGACGCCGACUGCUGAGCAGAAGAGGCAGGAAGCUUGGGUGGAGAUGCUGGACACGGGACGUCAUGUCUCGUAA